AUGCCUGAUAAUAAUGAUACUACUACUACUGCUGCACCUGCUGCACCUAGUCCCAGUGCCGUAAACAUCAAUCCAUUCAUUCCAGGAGAAAUGCAAUGGGUACGUUGGCAAAAGAAAUUUGAAGGUGCCAUUAAAAUCAUGAAGGUUAGUACUGCCGAUAAGGCAACGUUUCUGCUCCAUUAUGUUGGAGAUGCCGCAUAUGAUGCCUUAUGUGACACAUUCGGUGAUGAUCAAGUUGAUUCAAAGUCGUACGAGACUUUAGUGGCUAAACUAAAAGAAUUGUUUGCUCCGCCGGUACUUAAAAUAGCCGAAAAUUUCAAAUUCAACUCACGCAAACAGCAACCAGGGGAGAGCAUUCAAGAAUUUGCAACGGCUCUCACAAAAAUGAGUGCAAAUUGCGGUUUUGGCAGCCACACGUCUAAAGCUCUUCGGAAUCAAUUCGUCUACGGUUUAGUCACUCCUCGUAUUCAAAGCAGGUUGAUCGAAACCAAAGAUUUAACCUUUGAAACAGCAGUCACUACAGCACUCACGAUGGAAACCUGCGAGCGCGAGACGUCAUGCUUUCGUAAAGAUCCACCCGCCAUAAAUUAUCUACAUGCUCAGAAGAAAAGGACGGAUGUACAUAAGAAGAAAAACAAUUUUAAUUCUAAAAGAAAAAUACCACCGGUGGAUUUUACGAAACCUUACUGCUACAGAUGCGGCAAUCCUAACCACAAAGCAAAUGCCUGCCGAUUACCGGUUUCCACAGUUUGCCUUUCUUGCAACAAACCUGGACAUGUUGCUAGGGUAUGCAGAUCCAAAUCCGACUACACAGACAACCAAGUACAUCAAGUGUGCGACCAUGAAAGCGAGGACGACGAUUACUAUGGACAGGAAUUAAUGGACAUAUGCAAAGUCGAUACUGAAGAAAUCAACAAUUUACCUCUCCGAGAAAAAUUCAUGAAACAGCUCAUUGUUGAAGACAAAACAGUCGAAUUUGAGUUAGACAGCGGCGCAGCUGUUUCUCUGAUGUGGUUUCAGGAUGCCAAAAGAUUGUUUCCAAAGUCCAGCCUGCAGCGUGCCUCCAUAAAAUUGGUAACUUAUUGUAAUUCUAAUGUAAAUGUACACGGUUUCAUCGGUGUAACGGUAAAUUUUGAAAAUACAAAAUUUUUAUUAAACUUGUACCUUACUGAUGUAAACCGUUCACCUUUGUGUGGACGUGAAUGGAUUCACAAGUUCAUAUCUAAUAAAGGUGCUCAAUGCUUGUUUACUCCUGUACUUUCACUUGAGACUAAAAAAAUUCAUAAAUUUGAUAAAAUUUCCUUUGCUAAGGAAUUAUCUAUUAAAUAUAAAAAUGUAGUUCGGCAGGAUUUUUCUCCUAUUACAGGGCUGGGUUUAGUCUCAUUAAAACUCAAGAAAGAUUCUAAACCUAUUUUUUUUAAAGCUCGAAGUGUGCCGUUUCGUCUCAUUAAGCCGGUCGACUCAGCUCUGAAUGCCUGGAAAUCCUGCGACAUAUUGCAACCAAUAUCGACUUCACUUUACGCCACUCCGAUCGUCCCCAUCCUGAAGAAAGAUGGCAAUGUCCGAGUCUGCGGCGAUUACAGUGUCACGGUGAAUCCACAAUUAAUUGUCAAUGACUGUCAUAUGCCCACUACCAAGGAAAUGUUUAUGGAUCUCACUGGUUGUACCUGUCUUGCUCGAAUUGAUUGUGCCUGGGCAUACAUCCAGCUUCCGGUUGACGAAGCGACGGCAGAUCUGCUCACUAUUAACACGCCUCGCGGACUUUACCGCGUUAAACGAAUGUUAUUUGGUAUAGCCGCUGCGCCUGCCAUCUGGCAAGAAUGUAUGAAUUUUCUUUUUCGCUCUGUCAAAGGUGUCUGCGUCUUCCAAGAUGAUUUGAGGUUGGCUGCCAGGUCCCUUUCCGAAUUGAUUACUCUGAUUCACACUGUGCUAAAAAUUCUGGAUGACCACAAUAUUAAAAUUAAUUUAAAAAAAUGUUCCUUCUGCGACGAAGAAAUUUGUUACUGUGGUCACAUCAUUAACGCUAAAGGCAUUCAUAAAGAUCUUGCAAAAUUUGAAGCUGUCUCAAAUAUGCCCCAACCUCAAAACGUUUCGGAAUUACGCACCUACAUUGGAAUGAUCAUGUACUACGGUAGAUUCAUUAAAAACGCUAGCACUUUGUUAGCACCGUUAUACAACCUGCUUAAAAAAAACUGUAAAUUUGUUUGGUCCAAAGAAUGUCAAACAGCCUUUGUGUCCACGAAAACUGCUUUUACUAGUGACACCUGUUUGACAUUCUUUGACCCAUCGAGACCUUUGAUACUAGCCACAGAUGCUAGUCCAGUAGGAGUCGGCGCAGUCAUCUCCCACAGCUUCGAAGACGGUAGUGAAAGACCCAUUCAAUUCGCCUCUCAGAAAUUAAAUACAAUACAAUAA